CCAGAGAGGUUGCGAACACGCGCCACGAAUGGCUCGUGAGCCCAAUCACUGUUUGUUUCUUAUUAGCUUCAGGGCCGGAAAGGGCCAAAAUGAAGGGCCAAAAGCUCUCUUCGUCACCGUUCACUUCCUUGUUGGGCCAACGCCGCCGACGGAAUUAAAAAAAAAAAUGCCUAUGAUUCUAUAAUAGUUUCCCCCAUAAUCCCGAAUUUUGGAUUCGAUUCUCUUUGGUGGGUUUUCAAUCCUGUGAGGUUUCUAUCAAGUUUUUAGCACAAACAAGGGUGCUUUCUGGAGCUUUUAUUGGUUCGUCUGCAACAGUAUGAACUGUGCCAGUUAAGCUAAUAUUGAUUGACCAAACAAUUGACACCCUCAUUUUUAAUUUAAGGACAACUAUGGAGGCACGACCUGCUAUAUCAAUUGAGAGAUCAGGUGCAAGGCAGCUUAGUAAGCUGGGGGUGUCUGGAGGAUUGACAUCAUCUUUACCAGCCCUUUCAACGCAUUUGGAAGAGACAUAUCAAAAGUUGCCUGACACUCAACAGGUGUCUGCAGAAAGGGAACUGAUGACAAGGCCUCUAGUACAUGCUACUCGUAUACCCACCAAUUGUGGGGUGGUUGGUCACAUAUUUUCAUCAUCCUCUGGAUUUUCGAGUGAUCUUCAUUACUCAUCUGCAUCACAACAUGAAAAGCAUUCAAGAAAUGCUCCUGUCAUUUCUCAGUCACCAACUAAUGCUGCAGCUUUGCCAUUAUCUCAUUUGUCAAAUCCAACGCUGCCUCAAUCUACAAUAUCAAGUCAUUACAAUAAAGAAAAUAGUGGUUCUUGGUGCACAGAUCCGGGUUUUCUUGAUUUUCCCGUAAGCACCCCUGUCCAAAGCAGUCAAGUAGAAAGCAACAGUUGUAGUGGUAUCAUCACAUCAGAGGACUUCAGCAAACGAAAUGAUUGGCAGGAAUGGGCAGACCAGCUUAUCACUGAUGAUGAUCCAUUGGCCUCCAAUUGGAAUGAGCUUCUUGUUGACAAUAUUAUCGAUCUGGAACCAAAGAUGCUAUAUCAGGUGGCAAAACCAUGCACAACCAUACCUGCACAGAAACCCCAAGUACAUCAGCAGCAUCCUUCUCCAUCUGUAGAAAGUCGGAGUGUUGCAAACCCAUCUUCAUCAGCAAAUAAUGCCCCUGCAAAGCCACGAAUGCGAUGGACACCAGAACUUCAUGAAACCUUCGUUGAGGCUGUCAACCAACUGGGAGGCAGUGAAAGAGCUACUCCAAAGGGGGUGUUGAAGCUUAUACAAGUUGAAGGCUUGACUAUUUAUCAUGUUAAAAGUCACUUGCAGAAAUACAGGACAAAUAGGUACAAACCAGAGUCAUCAGAAGGAUCCUCAGAGAAAAAUUUGACUCCUAUGGAAGAAAUAUCAUCUCUGGACUUGAAAAUGGGUAUGGGGAUCACUGAAGCUUUGCGGUUACAGAUGGAAGUCCAGAAGCAGCUGCAUGAACAGCUUGAGAUUCAAAGAAAUUUACAGUUGCGAAUAGAAGAAGAAGGGAGGCACCUCCAAAUGAUGUUUGAGAAGCAAAAGUCAGGUUUAGACAAGCUGAAGGUGUCACCUUCUAAUCCAGAGAAUCCACCUGCUGCUUCAGAUGCUACCAAAGAGACUCCUGCAAAAAGUGAACUGGAAGCCUCCCAGAUGGAUCAUGUAAAUUCAGGAACUGACAAUGUUAAUGCAAAGUCCAUGUUGGCGAGAAGUUCACAAGAAAUGGGUGGAGAGCAAAAGGCACAUGAAAAUGGUGAUCUUGAGAGAGCCAAAAUCUGUGUUUCUGAAUCGAGUUCACAACACUCAAAGCGUCCAAGAAUGGAAGAAUAAGUUAUAAUGGCUUUGAACUGAUUAGCAUAAAUAUUUCAUGGAUGAUUUUAGUAGUAGGAUACCCAAGUUGAGAUAGGGAUAAAGCUUUUGAAGUUUCAAGGCCCUCUCCCCCCCUUGUUAUGUCCUUGUGGACAAUUGCUUAAGCACUCUGAUACUUGGGUCAUAAAACAAAAGCUUAUAAGAAGGUUGAGUUUGAUUUUCCAGUUUCCAAACUCCUGAAGUGAAAAUGAAGAUGCAUUAAAUACUGGCUGCACAAAUUGCAUUAUUUAUUCCAGUGAAGGUGUCCCAUUUUUUGGAAUAUAGUUGUCUUAAAUAAAAUUCCUUCUCCUAGAUUUGUACAUGGCCUUACUGACAUCCUGCUUGGUACCCACCUGUCACCUCACAACAUCCUAUAUGCUAUAUAUAUUAUAUCUGUUAGUAUUUCCAUCGUCAGAACGAAAAUAACGACUUUUUUUCCAGUGUAUCUGUGGAUGUACAUGAAAUAAAAUAAAUGACAUUGACCCCUUGAAUAUUUCCAGCAUUUAUUAUCCUGGAAUAUUAUUCUGAUUUCUGGAUAUAUAAGAAAGGAAUUUUUGGAUAAACUGAUAGAAGCUGCUCGGGCAGGAAUGCAAAGCUAAAGGAACAGGGAAUACCUUGAAGUGCUGCUACGGUGAAAGAAACAAAGAAAUGGAUAAUAAAGAGCAAAGGCUUGUCUUCCAAGAUGAUUUAAGCUCUUCCUGCCAUUAAUGUUUCUGAUACAAGCAGUGCUGGUCUUGAGAAUAAUAUAAUUAAGCCGUAUCAAAUCAGCGGCGUGACUGAACUGGCCACCAUGGUUAAAUCUUUCCCAGGAAAAGGGUACUCCUCUGUUUCAAUUUCAAGUAGGAAUUAUGAUUAUUUAGCUAAUACUAUUGGUUUAACUAUGGACUCAAGAACUAGUUCUCCUGUAAGAAAACUGACCAGAGAUUAGAGUAGGUCGAAGUUUAUAUUAAAGUUAG